AUGAGCUGCAGUUCUUGCGUCGGCAAGAUCACAGCAGCUUUAGAGCAGAAGCCUUGGGUGAGAUCGGCCAACGUCGCUCUGCUCACCCAAAGUGCUACUGUAGAGUUCGAUGGAGAACAGAAUGCCGAGGAGUUGGCUAAGAUUAUUGAUGGCAUCGGCUAUGAGGCAAGGCUGGAACAUGUGAAUGAGUUGCCACCGGCGCCAGGGGCUGGUCCCCGUGUCGUCGCAGACUUGUGGAAAGCCUCCUACUCCAUCGGCGGUAUGACGUGUAGCUCCUGUGUCGGUACGAUCACGAAGGCGCUCGACAGUCUCCCAUGGGCGAAGAGUGUGAACGUCAAUCUCAUCACCAACAGUGCCACAGUCGAUUUCGAGGGUAAGAGUCACCUGAACGAGAUUAUUGAGGCUAUUGAGGACGUCGGCUAUACGGCUAGGCUGAGUGACGUUGUCAACCUAAGUAAGGACAAGGCCCAAGACGGGCGCAGAGCUGUGUCGAUUGCUGUCGACGGUAUGUACUGCCAGCACUGUCCCAGUCGUGUCGCGGAGGCCCUGAACUGUUUCGGCAACCUCGUGACCAUCGAAAAGCCGGUGACCAUAGGAACGCCUAUCAUGACGGUCUCAUACACCCCUAACUCACCCGGCUUCACUAUCAGAGCCAUUCUUUCGGCCGUUUCGGCAGCCGACCCAGCCUUCAACCCUACCAUAUACCACCCCCCUACGGUCGAAGAGCGCGCGGCACAAAUGCACACUCGCAUUCGAAAGCGAAUCUUUUAUCGUGUCCUCCUCUCCCUCGUCGUCGCCGUCCCAGCGUUCAUCAUCGGUAUCGUCUUCAUGACCCUGGUUCCACCAACCAACCGUGGCCGCAAGUAUCUCAUGGGACGGCUGCAUGGGGUCACGCGUGCGGAGUGGGCGCUGUUCAUCAUGGCGACGCCGGUGUAUUUCUUGGCUGCCGAUGUAUUUCAUCGUCGCUCGAUCAAGGAGCUGUGUUCCCUAUGGAAGCGCAGCAGUCCCGUACCUAUUCUCCGUCGCUUUUACCGCUUUGGGAGUAUGGACAUGCUGAUGUCUUUCGGCACGACGAUUGCCUAUUUUUCCUCCAUAGUCGAACUGAUUAUUGCCGCGACCCUGCGUGAUAUGGCGGACAUGAAGGGGAAUACCACUUACUUCGACUCGGUCGUCUUCCUAACCAUGUUCCUCCUUAUUGGUCGCCUGAUUGAAGCAUACAGCAAAGCCAAGACCGGAGAGGCCGUCACAAUGUUAGGCAGGCUUCGACCGAAAGAGGCGCUUCUGGUCCUCCCCAAUGACGGCAAAGAAGGGGUCGAUCGCACCCAGAACGUCCCUAUCGACAUGCUGGACCUCGGCGAUGUGGUCAGGGUCGUGCAUGGCGGUUCGCCGCCCUGGGAUGGCGUCCUCCUCGAGGGGGAGGGCGAGUUUGAUGAGUCCAGUCUGACGGGCGAAUCAAGGCUUGUCAAGAAGACCGUCGGCGACCCAAUCUACUCUGGUACGGUCAACAAAGGAGGGCCGAUCGUGCUGCGUACCACUGGCGUCUCUGGGGAUUCCAUGUUGGAUCAAAUUAUCAGAGUGGUGCGAGAAGGUCAGGCACGCCGUGCACCAAUUGAAAGAGUGGCUGAUAUGCUCACCAGCUAUUUUGUGCCGGUCGUCACCCUCAUCGCUGUCUCGACAUGGUUGAUCUGGUUGUCUCUUGGUCUCUCCGGAACUUUACCGGAAGAGUAUCUCGACGUCGAAAUUGGUAGCUGGCCUUUCUGGUCCUUGCAAUUUGCCAUUGCAGUUUUCAUCAUCGCCUGUCCUUGUGGUAUUGGCCUUGCCGCCCCAACGGCGCUGUUCGUUGGUGGGGGUCUAGCAGCGAAACACGGGAUCCUCGUCAAGGGCGGGGGAGAAGCAUUCCAAGAAGCGAGUGGUCUGGACAUAAUCGUGUUCGACAAGACGGGUACCCUGACUCAGGGCGGCGAACCCAAGAUCACAGAUCAUCAAUUCCUGGGUUCUGAUGAGAGCUGGGAGGAGCAGACGAUUGUUAAUAUCCUCAGAGAGCUGGAAGGAAACAGCAGCCACCCUCUUGGCAGAGCCAUAGUCGGCUUCUGCGAAUCCAGGAAUGCGACGGGUGCCAAAGCCGGACAUAUGGAGGAAAUAGCAGGAAAGGGAAUGAAGGGCACGUUCAAUGUCGCAACAUUGUCCCACCCGAUCGAAAUGCUCGCAGGAAACGAGGCCCUUAUGACUGACCACGGCAUCUCCUUCGGCAGCACUACAUCCGCUUCUCUGCACUUGUGGAAAGGCCAAGCGAAGUCGGUCGUGCUCGUUGCGGCUAGGGCUAUAUCAUCCGCCGGGAAUUCACCAUGGAGACCGGUGGCCAUUUUCGCUGCAUCUGAUCCUCUUCGACCAGAGUCUCGCCUUGUCGUCGAGGCUCUUCACCGUCAAGGUAUAGACAUAUGGAUGAUUUCGGGGGACAACCCGACGACCGCCUAUGCUGUUGGCGCUAUGGUGGAUAUCCCAACGGAGCAUAUCAUCGCUGGCGUGCUGCCAGAGCAGAAGGCCGACAAGAUCAAGUACCUUCAGAAGAGCCAAGUGAAGUCCAGCUCGCGCUCCUUUCUCGGGUUGGCAAGCCAACGUACUAAACAAAGAGCAAUUGUCGCCAUGGUAGGCGACGGCGUCAACGACUCGCCUGCCUUGACCGUUGCGGAUGUCGGCAUUGCCAUCGGUUCCGGGUCCGAUGUUGCCAUCUCCGCUGCCGAGUUCGUGCUAAUCAAGUCCAGCCUAUCGACGUUGUUGACGCUGGUUAGCCUCAGCCGCACCGUAUUCAGGCGUGUUAAGUUCAACUUCGGCUGGGCUCUGGUUUACAACCUUGUGGCUUUGCCUAUCGCCGCAGGAGUUCUCUAUCCUGUGAGGAGCAACGGCCGACAUAUCAGGCUCGAUCCUGUGUGGGCAAGUUUGGCUAUGGCUCUCAGCAGUGUGAGUGUGAUUUGCAGCAGCCUUCUCUUGAGAAGUAGGCUCCCGCUUGUGGGGUUUAGGGACAGCAAGACUUCGGCAGAAGACACGGAGGAGCUAUAG